CUGUUUUUAUUGCUGUUUAUUGAAACGGUUCUGUUGACGCCAAUUAGCAAAACAGUGAAACAUCUGCAAGCGAAACCUGUACUCCCGCAUUCUCCUGCAGAUCCACGAUGCAAUGAAAAUGAAGUGUACACAACCUGCCGCACCUGUGAAGCUACAUGCGAGGAUCUGACACCAGACUGUUCUUUAGUGUGUGAAUCUGUGGGAUGCGAAUGCCAACAUUCCAAAGGAUUUGUUCGACAUAUGGGCCACUGUGUUCCUAUGGAAAUAUGUGAUAAAUUGAACAUAACUGAAGCUGUGGUACCCGGUUGCGAAAGUGUAACCUGUAAAGCGCUAGAAGUGUGUAAGAUGAAAGAAGUUGCCUGCUUAACUAAAGAAUGCUUCCCGAAACCGGAAUGUGUCAGUAUAUUGGAUGUGCUAGAAUUUUGCGUUGAAGUCAUUGGUACCUACUUCAAGACUGUGAUAUGA